CGGAUAAAUGUAUCCGAACGUUCGGUUAAAUGUCUAAACAGCUGAUUGUUGAACAACCUGCUUAGAAGACUACAGAUAACAGAUUACCGUCGUCUUAGACUUAGUAGUUCAUGAGUUUAGGACAACCGUUACAUGUACGACGAAAAACAGCGAAAAGUACUUCUGAGAAUUUGAAAGUCCAUAACUGCAAUGGGAUCACAGGAACCAGUAUUAGUAAACACCAUUGAAAAUGGAGUGCGCGUUCUCAGGUUUAAUCGUCCUAAGAAAUACAAUGCUUUUAAUAAUGAUAUGUACAGCAGCUUCAUGAAAGCAUUGCUUGAGGCUGAAGUUGAUCCACAAACAGUCAUAACUGUUAUAACUGGGACAGGGGAAUACUUUUCCUCGGGCAAUGACCUUGGAAAUUUUAUGAAAGCUGAAGAGAAUGAAUCAUCAUCAGGGUCAGAUGAAGCUGAUCCAGAUACAGAUGAAGGACAAAUAGCCUUGGUACGCAAAAGAGGAGUCAACAGGUUUGAAAAGUUGAUUAAUAUUCUAAUUGAAUUUCCCAAGCCACUGAUUGCUGUGGUUAACGGACCAGCAGUAGGAGUUGGUGUGACAAUGCUGCCAUUGGUAGAUGUUGUCUAUGCAUCUGAUAAAGCUACAUUCCAUACACCUUUUGUAAAGAGUGCUUUGUCACCAGAAGGAUGUUCAUCGUACCUUUUUCCUCGUAUAAUGGGUCCUGGAAAAGCUGCAGAAAUGCUUCUCUUCAAUAAAAAGAUUACUGCUGCAGAUGCAUAUGAAUGUGGUUUUGUUACAGAAGUUUAUCCCCACAAAAGUCUUCAUAAGGUUUGGCCAAAGAUACAUGAGUGGGCAAAACUUCCACCUAACAGCUUACAUGGUGCUAAGGCACUUUUAAGUAGCCACAAAAAGGAGUAUCUGAAACACGUUAAUCAUCAAGAAUGUGAUCAGUUGGCUCGAACACUUACAACGGGGGAGUUUACUGCUGCUGUUAUGGAGUUUUUUAAUAAGAAAUCAAAACUUUGAUGCAGAGUUGUUUACCCUGUAAGUUAUGAUGUAGUUCACUGUAGAUACAUACAUAUACACAUUAUUCAAGUUUAUCUAUAAGAAUUUUAACAUUCUUGUACGUCACUGCUUUGUUUGUGCCUGUAGUCAGUGUAAGGUCUACACUGCAAAGUACAAGAUGGCAUUCCCAAUAUGGCUGUGUGAAGUUGGCAUGUUAUAUUGCAUGAAGGUAAAAAUUGUAAGGGAAAAAAUACUCCUCCUGGUGUAUUGUAUGGUUAAGAUGCUGAAUUUUGAAACCACAGUUCAGCAGACAGCUAAUAGAUUUAAGUUUUAUGGGAGUACUGUCCUAUAAGAAUCAAGCCCAAUUUUGUUAGUAUGUAGAUCCCAAAUAUAACAACAAAUGAAUCUUUUAGUGAACAGUAAAUGUUUAACCUAAAACUCAACUGUUCCAGAAAAUUUACCUUGAUGGUGAGAUGGGAGUAGGUGGGUUGUUACAGGCAAUUGGAUAUGAAUUAUCAGCAGCAAGGGAACAAACUUAUAUAGGUUUAUUAACAAGAUCAUAUAAGCACAAGAGGAAAAUAAAAACUUUCCCAAAUUGCAAAACUGAGAAAGUGGUAGGAAUUGCCAGAAAACUUGGCUUAAAAAAUAAGAACUAUAACAUAGCCUACAGAAUCAGCAGCUACUUGACUUUGCACAGUAACAGGUUGUGAACCUGUGUCAAAGGCAAAGUGCUUGAUAAAGCAGUAGGAGAGAAAACCACUAAGGGAAUAAUUGUAGGAAUGGUACCUGGUAGUCAUGUACGUAAAAGAAUAAAAAAGUACUUUUACUUUUAUUAAAAGGAAGUAGAAUUUUUAGACCUGUGGGAGGUAUUUGUAGAUAAAUUGCAGUGCUUCAGAAAGGAUGGAUCACUUGAGUGGGACAGAUCACAGAAAGUAUGGAGAAAUAUGGACAUGAGAAUGUGAAAUGUUGAUGUGCUACGACAAGAACAAUGCUAGAUUUCCUUUGAUUACCUGUUAUCUCUAAGCCCAAGAUAGGUCACACACUGGGACUUUGAAGAACCUUGAAAACUGAUAUAUAGUAGGUUCCCGACAGGAAAACAAAAGAUUCAGAGAGUAAAGAACAACAUAGAAAAAUCCUUAUAAUGAUAGUCAUCUCCACAGGUUGUUGUUAGCAUGAAAUAAGGGAGUUUCUUCAGUUUCUGUUGUUUUCUGUUAAAUGUGAGAAAUUUACCUUUCUUGUUCUUUAUUCAUUUAUUUCUCUUGCAUUUGUAUUGUGUUAAUUCAUUCCCCUUUUAUUUGAUAUUUGUUCUUAAAAGUUAAUUGUCUUAACCUUGAAUGUGACGUCACAAAUACACCAACCCUCUGUAGAAAAAACUCCCCUGUGACACUUCUUACUCUCUCUUGGUAACUGUGUUUUGUGGAAGCUAUUCAUGUAUAUCACUGUUCACCCAGAAUUCAAAAGAGAAUCAACUCAAACUCAAUUUUCAAGAAAUUCAGUAGAUAAGAAUUCACCGUAUGCAAGAGGAUCGUCAAUUCAACAAUUUUUAUCAGCAAAAUGGCAACUGUUACAAAUUCACAAAGCAAUGUCAGAUGGCUCGAGAUGCAAAAAACCUUGAAACAAUUGAGGUCAUACAGAAGUACAGCAUUGCAUAAGGUUAGUUGGGACAUUUUGCGUCUGCAUUUGAGGAGAGUAUAUUAGCCUUGCACAUUGUUUGUUAGACUGAAUAUUCUUUGAGGUUACUCAUUAUUUAAUUUUUUUAGAAUACCUUUGCCUGCUAAGAGUUAAGGGUUUUAAACAAUUGUAGUGGUCUUAAAAAAGUCCCCAUAGUAGUAUUUUUUUAUUCAUGCACUAAUCACUUUUUUUCAUUUUUAUAGUAAUUUGUUCUAGUACCAGCAGCUUUUUACCACAGUUUGGCAGACUUUGCUCUGCCAAUUUUUAAAUAUUUAUGCAUUUGCUCUGUCUUUUGCUAAGUUAUAGUGUACAUGUCAAAGCCUCCCAUAUAAGUAGUAUGUUUGGAGCCGCUGUUAUGACCAGGUGUGUUUACUGACACUCACGUAUGGGGUGUGUUGUAAGUGGUUUCUAUACCAGUGGUUUCACUGUAAUGUUGACAAGAAAAGUGAAAAUAAAGUUUUUUAAGAUGUUGGGACACAUAUUACGCAAUAAUGCCAUUUGUAACAAUUCUUGAAAGAGGGCAGAGCUUCAAAGUCAUCGUGUUUGUUGCUUUCUAGAUUCCUAGUAACUUUAAACCAUAAAGAGAGUUCCUCAUUGGACGAGUGGUUUUUUUGUUCGCCUACCGAUUCGGUAGGCACGAGUUCUACUCCCUGCUCUGCCAAUGUGGAAUCAGAAGAAUUUAUUUCUGGUUAUUAGAAAUUAAUUUCUUGAUAUAAUGUGGUCCCGAUCCCACAAUAAGCUGUAGGUCCCGUUGCUAGGUAACCAAUUGGUUCCUAGCCAUGUAGAAAUAUCUAAUCCUUAGGGCCAGCCCUAGGAGAGCUGUUCAUCAGCUCAGUGGUCUGGCUAUACUAAGAUAUACGUAAUUUAAACCAUAAAGAUUCUGUAGACAUCCCAGAAUCAUUUAUACUUGAAUGCAGUAACAACCUCUGUAUUGUUUGAAGUUGGUUUGGUAACAUCAACCUUCUUUAAAAACUACCGUGAAACCUUACUCACAAAUGAUGUUAUGACACUAAAAUGACGUAAAAUUCAUGUGUAAUUGGAAACGGAUCUUAAAUAAUGAGAGAAAAUUUCUUGAAAUUUGACCAAUAUCAAGUAGAAAUUGUGAGGAAAUACAGGAAUGAAUGCAAUAUUAUGAGAUAGCGUGUAAGCAUAGGCCUAUCUAGUAUAUUUGCUUUCAGAGACUGAAUGAUAAUAUAUUUUUUAAAUAUGUUUUAGAAGUGGAGAGAGAGAAGAGAGUAAGAGAAUUAUAGUACGUAUAUUGGUGGUGGACUUGCGAUGGGUAAAGGCAGAGGAAAGAGUGGUGCACAGAUUCCUGGGAAACAGUGAUAUGGCUGCCAAGAUCGGGCUUCACUAUAUUAGAUAAAAUUUCAAGGGACCAUAAUAUUCAAGUUAAUUCUCUAAGAAAUUCAUGCCCUAAUCCUGAUUUCAUUUGACAGUUGCUGUAACAUUCAAAGAUUGUAAAAAGAAAGGGAAAAUUUCAACAAUAGGCUAAGGACAUUCCUGCUCUCUCUAUCUACUUUUGAAAAUAGAUUUUCAUUUGCAAAUCAUUCACGAACAAAGCUGUGUAAGUAAAAAUAACUCAAUAUCUGUUGCACAGGCAAUAAAAGUUGCAUAUAGUGCAAAAAUUGCUGAUGUAUUGGGAGAUGUUUUAGUCCUGCGGCAAAGUAAUGCUUCUGUGUUAGCUGUGUAGGCUAACUCAUAACUUCUUGUAAUGGGAGCACAGGCAGAAAAUUUUUGAGUUGACAGGAUACAUUAACCUUGAUAAAGGUUUCCUUUUAAUGACAAGGGCUUCGUAAACAGCUACUAGCACUUAAUCCAUGUCAACAUCAAAGUGCGAAAGCCGUUACGUCAGUAGUAUCCAGUGACUUAUGCUUUCCCACCUGAAGCACUCUGGCUCCUCCUCACAGCAUAGAGUAUAUGCUUGCAGAUUUAAUUAGAUUUGCUCAACCUCCCUUAGCAGUCACAACAUUGACCGCCAUUGACGCCAGUUAACUUUAAAUGCUUUGGAAUACAAACAUAAUUUUGCAGAAACUAAAAUAAUGACCAUUACUGCCUAUGAUGAUGCAAAGUAAUCCUGUUCAAGAAGAAAAACGAGUAAAUGUUGUUGUCGUGAUAUGGAGUAACAACCAGCUAUCACCCACUCUUAUCUUCCAGUUCUGUAUGAACGAAGCCAUCUGAGAAAUUCCAAUUACGUAACUCCGACAUGCAUGGUGUUUUUAAGUAUCUGAACUUUUUUGUUUUACAGGUUUAAUAUGUAUGUAUAGUAUAUAAUUUACAGUGUAUUUUCUUAUUAUAGAGUAAAUUAACCAAGAUUGUGCUUUCUGUAGAAAAAAAAUUGAAAUUCGAUGAACGAAAGCUAAUGAAAAGUGUAUCAUCACUUUUCUUGCCGAUAGUGCGUAGAGGAAGACAUAUGAGUUGACGUGUUUUCUUUUACCACGUCAGAGUCUUUAGUCUUUAAAUAAACAAUAGUCAUUUUCAUCACCAGUUAUGGUGAGGAAAUGCCAUUCCUCAAAUGCUAUCUGCUUUGCUCUUGUCCCUUCCUGUUUCACUUUUGCAACCAACCUGCUGCCCAUCAUGUGCAUUCUCCACACACUUUGCCUACUAUCCAGCCCAGUACAAUUGAUGCCCAGCUUUGCCUCUGCCUUGCUGUUGGUUUAGUCUCAAUGUCCUGUCCAGUAGAUGGCCAGGCAGUUACAUUGGUAUGACUACAAUGCUACUUUUAAAAUUUUUGUCAUUUUCGAGGGAGAGUCAUCAGAAGACAUUAGGAAGAAAUAUAAAACACUAUUCAUACCCAACAGAAAAUGUUAUUAAUGCCAUGAAUAUCAUUGAUAACAACCAAGAUAAGGCUAAUGAUGUGGAAAUGUUUGUGCCAGGAGGCCUGGUGGUUUUCUUGGAGAUAGUUUCAAUUAUCAACCUCUCCAGGACUGAAGUGGAACCAGGUCUGUGAUAUAAUGCAAGUGGUAUUGAUCUGAUCAGUUUCACUGUUCCUUGGUUUUACCCAUGAACAGUUAUAUACCCAUGAGUUUGAAUCCUCUGGACUAGGUAUAGGUUCUUAAGUGGGUAUAGAAAUACUGUGUCAGUACUUUGAGGAGGUUCCAGUCAUUGGCGACAUUCCAAACCCCUAAAGGAACCAUUAGAUCCAAACCCUUAAAGGAACCAUUAGAUUAGGCUUUUUGUUUUUUAAUCUCACAUUGAAGAAAGCUUUUCUCUUCUGGCUUUUGGAUCUUGAGAGGAGUCAGUAGAAUGUGUAUUCUUGAGUAUGGUUACCUAUGUUAAGGAUUGGAAUUUCUUGUUUGUCCUAAUAAUGGCUUAAUUGUCAAUGGCUUUGUUUUGAAACGAAUCUGAUUUUAAAAACAGCAGUAAUUUAUGCACAAACUUAUUAAUUAAAAUCCAAAGUUCCACCUCCUUCCUGCAGGAUUUCUCUUAGCUAAUGAUCCACAUUAUACAAAAGGGGAAAAAUGCCUAUGGUGAAAUAAUUUCAUUAUUACAAGAUCAUGUAAAUGAUUUUCCUAGACACUUUUUUAUGUAAAACUUUUGACCCAGAUUUAUUUUAGGGCUUAGAGUAUCUUCAGCACUGUUCUUCUUGGUAUUAAUCUUGUGAUAUCUCCAACAACCAGGGCUCUUCCAUAUAUGUUUUGGUCUUAAGCUCUCCUGAAAUAAGAAACUUUCACAAGCUCUUGAUUUCAUUGGUCAUUUCUCUGGUUUGGGAUUCCUGCAAAAGUUUUUGUAACAGGAAUUGUCAGGAGAAAAAGUUUUGGCAGACAGGAAUUAUCAGCAAUGGAAUAGUUUUGAUUGAAUCACAUGGUAAAACAAAGCAGCAGGACUGGAUUUCUUCCCGAGUAGAUAGUACUACUAGCUUUCUUCAAGUUCAGAUAAUCUAGUUGCCUUGGCUUCAUUAUGUCUGAUGUUUUGAGUGAGAAUCUUGAGUCACUUCUUCCAGAAGCUUCAAAAGAGUUUCAGGAAUGUGUCAGCAAUGCAAUGUGGGUCAAACCUGUAGUUCUUAGGAAGUUAUCUCCUUUCAAAGCUGCAUGUUCAUGGUUUCUCUUGAAGAUUUCCAGGAAAGAAUUGCUUUUUACUUUCCUGUGUUCAAUUUUGAAUGCUCAUUGUCUUACAAGAGUAGAAAAUAGUAUCAGAGAGCUGCAGGCAUCUCCAAAUUUGAAGAAAGCUUACUAUACACAUAAUGACUGCCUCAGACUUCAAAAAGAUGCAGGCUCCAAUAAAGUACACAUAGCUACAGAGUUCAAGCCUUGAAAUUGCUUUUGACAACCUGAAGGAGGUAGUUUUGGCCUUUUUUCCUUCUGUGUCCUACCAAGAGGAUUGGUCUCUAAGGUGUUCAAGGAUCUGAAUUAGAAGUUGCAAAAUCUUGAUUAUUUUUAUCUGAAGCAUCUUUGAAAUGUAAGUGGGAAGUUGGUAACUGAGUGAGACAGAUUUGCUAAUGAAGCUUAACAGCAUCAUUUGUGAGGUGAAGACAUCUGAAUUAUAGGUGAUUUCUUGAAGAUAUGUAGCAGUUUACAGUAAGGAAAUUUGAAAUACUGUUUUCAUUCAGCCUUCAAGAUUAUGCAUUUAGGAUUGCACAUGUACUGUUGAAAAGAGGCAAUAUUGUCAUGGGAAAAGAAAAUGCUAUUCACAUUAAUUGAUUUAUUUCUUGACUUGCAACAACUUCAGCCAACGUUUAAUUGAACCUGCUUCUCACCAGUUACUGUACUGUCAAAUUAGACUUUUAACAAAAUUAGCAACAAUAACAAAACUUAAAUCUAAAUUAUAAGAUAAAAAACCAGAAUUUUUAAAUAAUUGUAUGGAAUGUUGUUGACCUGAAUUAAUAGAAAUUUAGAACAAAAGUGGAUAAUGUAGUUAAAAUUGACCUAUAAAAAAGUUCUAACCUUGACCCUGAGGGAAAAACACUUGGGUGGUGUUCUGCUCAUUUCAUUUUUCCUUACAAAGAUUUUUAACAAAUCUAAAAACACCAUUGUGAGCUACAAGACUAAAAUUUUCUUUUAUUCUUGCCAACUUUCAGUUAUUAAGACAAUUCAUAAGUAAUUUUGCUCUUAAGCUUCUUAAAGAUUACUGCUAAGAUGUAUCUGAUAAUGCUAUAACUUCCUCAAAUUCCCAAAUAAUUAAAUAUUAUAACCUCCCUUUUGUCAGGCACAAAUAAAUAUGUAAAAUCUAUCCCCAAAGGGGUUUUCUUAUAAUUUUUGUCAAAUUACAAAAUACAAAUUAAAAAUGAGACUUGGGUCUGGUGAGACAGCAAGAGACUUUCAUUACUGUCAUUUACAAAUGUAAACAAAAACUUUGAGAUAAGCUAUACAUACAUACAUAUAAUUUAUAUAUUUCUUUAUGUAUACUUAACACAUUUUAGUAUUGUAUUCUCAUGGAAAAUACAUCAUUCAUCAUUCUGUAAUGCGUCUCCAUAUGUUGCAUAGUUUAAAGAUAAACACACCUUUCACACACAAUCAACCAGUAUUAUUAAUCUGGCAGGAAUAAAUGAUGGGAUUGUGGUUAGUAUAAAUAGAUGAAAAUAGCUGUAAAGAAAUGUAAGGAGUAAAGGGGCAAUAAAAGUACCGUAGCUAUAUGGUUAAGGUUAAGAAAGUACAGUACAAGAUUUGAUAGCUGACAAAAAUAAAUUAAUCAGAAAAACAGAAAUGAAUUUGUAGGUGGCUGACAAAUCACAUACACUAGGAGUAAGGAUUAAUGUGAUUCUUGGGCCAGAAUCUUAGCACACGGUUCCCUGAAAUCACAAAAAAAGCAUUGAGUAUGACAGUAUACAUUGAAGGUAAUUCUAAUGACUAGAAUAAAUAGAAUUUACAUAUAAUUACAUCAAAGAUGAUUGGAAUGAACUUUGUACAAAUGAAUGAAUUUUUAAUGUUCUCAUAAAAUUUCCUUGAAUUCAAAUAAAGUUGAAACUGCUAUUGUUGCAUUGCUGUGCAGUUACUGGAUACAUCAAUAUUCCUGUCAAGAAAUGCACCAGGUUUAAUAUUUAUGUAUUUCAACUUCAAACUUAAAUUCAGUAUUCUAGUGGAAGACAUAAUAAAAGCCAGGUGUCACCUGUGAAAAGCCCAUUACUUGGACAUGUCUCUUUGCAAAUAUAAGAUAAAAAGGGAUUCCACAGUUCAAUGUUUUAGCCAGUAGAUUUGUUAUUCUUAAAUUUAAUUUGUUUAAAUACAAACUAAAAGGAUCAAAUAUAGAUAUCCAAGGCAAAUAUUCACAAAUAUUUCCUCAAGUUCAGAGGUGGUCAAUUUGUAAAUUGUUGGCACAGUGAAGGCAGUAUUAAGGGAAGGGAGCUCUACGUGAAAUGUUCAAUAUACAUAUUAACCAUAACAGAAGGUUACCAGUGAAAAAUUGGGUCUUUAAGUUCUAGGCAAUGAUGGUGGAUUUUUGGUGCUUAAUAAGUUACCUUUCAGAGGAGGGAAAAAAAGCAGAUCUAAGUUAACUUUCAAAAUAAUCAACUUAAAAUAUUUUUUUGUAGUUAUUUCCUAAACAGAUAGUACCUUAGAUUAUGAAAGCAUUGUAUUUAUAACCUUCAUAUUUGACUUGGUUUUAAUUGAUUGGCUACUGUGCACUUCAGAUUUGAAACUUAAGCAAGAUGGUAAUGACCAUCACUUCCUUGCUUUGGUAUCAGGGUUUGACUUGUAUUCCUAAAAUUAUCCAGAUAGUUAACAAGAGGCAAUUAUUGAAAAAGUACGAAGUGUUGGCCAAAACUUGUCUCUGAGGGAUAUUAAAUAAUUAUUAUAAAGUGCAAUAAUAAGACCACCAAGUUACACUGAGAGUGAGAUAUAGAUGUAGUGAUAAAAAGAGAUGGUUUUAGAAGGUGAUAAGGGAAGGUCGAAGGCAAGGCCAUUUUGCAUGGGUCAUGGCUUGGCACUUGCUGUCUUUUGGCAUCUGCCAACAUAUUCUUGGUUUUGGGAAGCCUUAUCAGGUCCACCAGAUCCCAGUAGACUGGUUCUGAGAUUGUCAUCUUUAAAUCUGUGCGACUACCAUCUGAAAAUAUUGCGCCUUAACACCAUGCAAAGUUCUUACUACUUUUCUACCUUGAAGUCAAUGGUUACAUAACAAAGAAUGCAUUUUAGAUAUAUGGUUUUGCUAACUGGAUUGGCCUAAAUUACAUGAAUUUCCAGGCAUGUCCCCUAUUCAAAUAGUUUACUGAAAUUUGCCUUAGUAAUUUUCUUUGAUACUUUUAGUUAAAGCUAGUCUCUAGCUUUGUAGCUUUGUUAUGAGGGUAUUAUUUUCAUAUCAUAAUGUCUUCCCAUUUCUAGUCAACUACCCAUUGUUUAUAUAUCAAAAUGACAGUAUAGUGCCUAACUAUACCUGUGAUGUUUUUCCUCACAACCUUGAAAGACUGGUGGAUAUCUUUAUUUAAAUUGUACAAAAGUUAUUUUUUUUCAUAUUCAAAAUUUUAUGACAAUUACUGUAUGCUGUACUGUAUUCAAGGUACAGAAACUGUCACUAAAUACAAUUCCAGAUGUAUAGUGUAGUACUCUGGUACUGUAAAUAUUCUACAAAAGUAUAGUAUAGGAAAAACAAUAAAACCAUUUUAUGUUAAGCAAAUUAAUAUGUAAGUAUAUUAAGAGUUUUCUCUCUUAUUAAUGUUCUAUUGGAAAAUUUAAAUUACCCUUGGAAAUUUAAAUAGUAAAAAAGAAUGCAUAAGGAUAUUAAAUUAUACAUAUCCCGAUAAUAUUUGGAUACUUCACCAAUAUUUACUUCAAAAUCAGUAUAACCUUUUAUAAUUGAACUAUUUAACAGCUAGUAUAUAAAACAAAAUACAGGGAGGGAAAAAAAAGGGAGGGUAAAAAAGAUACUGUUGAAGGCAGGUGAUUUGGCGCAUCAAAACAAAGCUGGGAUUCUUCAUAGUUUUUAAUAAAAUAUGCCCUUGUAGAUAGCUUUUAUUUUAUAUGAAGGUUCAGCAUAAGUAAAGUCCAUCUGAAUGAAGUGUUGCAUGUACAUAAAUAUAUCUUGCCAAAAGUAAAUAAUCCACUGUUAUUUCACAGCAAUGUUUUAUGGUGUAUUAUUUAAAAUUUUGCAAUGUUAUGUAAAAUAGGACUGCCCUAUGGCCAAUAUUUCUUAUCACUUACGUGGUUGACAAGGUUAUGAAGUUGAGCUUCAAAAAUAUUGACAUACAAGAUUUACAAUAUUAGCAAAUUGUUUCAGUAUUUUGUAAAGGUUUUGGUUAUUGGAAAACUGGCAGCAUUUAAUUGGUUGACAACACUUUUUGACUAGUAAAUUGUUAACUAUGUAGAUCACUGACGUAAAUACUUUUAUAUUUUUUUUAUGCAGUUUGCAAUUCAAAGGUAAAAAUGUGAAAAUUAGAUGAUUACAAUAUCACUCAAAUUCGUAUGCCCAGAAGCCUCAAUUUAAAACUAUUCUACUGCUUUGCAAGAUUUACUUCCAACAAAGUUAGAAAUGAAAUAAGACAAUAGAUUUUCAUUUGACCUUCCUCUGCUGUUUUCUGGGGUUUCUUACUGGUCUUUGUCCUGCUACUUCCAUGUAUGUUAGUAUUUGACUACUCAUCCUUUUCCUUUCUCAUCACACAUGUAAUCCUUAACUAGUUCCUGUCAGGUUGACUUUAACAAUUAAUUUUGCAUACUUUGUCUGUUGGUAAAGUCUAACAUAUUAUUUAGGGCAGUAAUAUUUGACUUAAAUUAUGUUAGGCUUAAAUCUCAUAUUUUUAUUCAUAUUUUGCAAAAGAAGAAUGAGAAAAACAUUCAUUCUUGAGGAUUGAUAUCAGAUGAUCUGAAAAUUUGCAAAAUGUUCUAUGCCUGGUCGGUGACCCCACCUCUUAUACGCUAUGAGUUGCCAUAUGCCACAGAUUCCUUGCUUUACAAUCUUUGUUUUUAACUGGUUUUCAGCAGGGACAAGGUUAUCCUAUUGUUAAGACCUCAGGUUUGUUAGCUAUUUAAAGUACAAAUUGAUAAAAAAUUUGUCAUUUAUAUGAUGCAGGGAGAAUUAAUUUGGGAUUUUAAAGCUGAAUGGGUUAUAUAAACAAAUUUUAAUUACUGUACUCGUGAGCUUUGAUUAAAGGUUUCAUUUGAAAA